AUGGGGAACACUGCAGGUAAUUCGGCUAACCAGGCAAUUGAACUGCUGAUUCAGAAAGGAGUACCAGAAUCAUACAUAAUAUUCCUCAACCUCAUCUCAGCUCCAGAGGGAAUCCAUUGUGUUUCAAAAAGGUUUCCAGCAGUGAAGAUAGUUACAUCAGAGAUUGAUGUUGCUUUGAAUGACGAGUAUCGUGUCAUACCUGGUCUUGGGGAGUUUGGUGACCGUUACUUUGGCACUGAUGAUUGAUUGAUUGAUUGGGUGUAACCAUCUGUCAUGAGGUUUCUUUUUUAUUUUUUUUCUUUCUCCUGAGCAGCAACCAACCUUAAAGGCCGGGUUUUGCAAUGGAAGAAGUUUCAUUCUGUACUUGUAAGUGGUACCCUCGUGUGUUUUGGUGGGUGGUCAUUGGGUGUAUUUGCUUGUAAAUAGUAACGCCACAGCCCACAGGGCAUGGAUUUUACACACGCUUUUUUGGGGGGCCAGACCAGAAUUGAUCUUUUAGGAAGUUCAAAUCAAAUAUGGACAUCUUCAUCAUUAUCAUGUUCCUUUGUUUUGUUUUAUUGAGUAGAGGAC